GCCUGCGCCUAGCGUGUGUAGGGCGGGGGCGGCCGGCGGCGGGCUGGGCUCAGCCCCGGGGCCGCCAUGGCGCUGUCCUCCGUGCACCGCUGCUUGCAACUCGGUGCCGAAAACGAGCAAUUACUCAGGAAGCUGAAAAAGCUACAAACAAAGAAUAAGGAGCUGGAAAAGGACUUGGCUCAGAUUCAGGGAGAAGGGCGGCAGCGGCAGUUAGCACGUGGUGAUGUCACCAGCAGGGACGUUCAGAUUCAAACAGACACGCACGUAUGGCGUAAGGGUGGAUACAGCAAGAAUCUUAAUCUAGAGGGUGAAAGUGCCAGACUACUACAGCUGUAUAGUAAUCUACAAAAAUGUUACGUUAAGGAAAUGAAAACAAACCAGGAACAAAGUGAAACAAUUAGAAACCUCACUAUGAAAAUUUGUGAGCUAGAGCACAGUCUUCAAGAGCAGAAGCAAAGGAUUGAGCAAUUGGAACGUAAUAAAGUUUUGUGGAAAACUCACGCUGUUUCUGGGAAAAGAAGUCGAACCCUAGGGGGAGAAAUAGUGUCUCACAGAGACACAUCUGGAAAGGAGGAGUCGUGCUGCAGUAAAUACAUAGAGCUGUUGCUAAAGGAGAUUAAAAAGCUGAAGAAAGAAAAUGAAAAGUUGUCUGAGGAAAGGAGAGCACUAAGGAAGGAAUUAGCUGGAUUAGACAAGAUAUCCUUUGAACUUAGGUUGUUUCCAUGUUCUGUUCCUGUGUUGCUGUAUUUUUGCACGGGAGAGUCUGUGACAGUGACAUUAUUUCCUUGUCAAUUUUGGAUUGCCAUUUCCUAUCUUUCUGACAAGCCAACUUUUUUUUUUCUUCCUUCUAUUCGUGUCUCUUGUAUCUUUCCCAUUAUCAGUCUCUAUUUCAGGCUCUGAAGUAAC